AUGGGAAACGAAUGUUUGGCAAACGGUGGAUUUAUUAAUGUUGUGAAAAGGAAGGAUUCUAUAAAUAAGCUACGAAAGAUCGGAUUAAAAGAGCUACCACCACCUUACCCGAAUGGUUGGUACAGCAUUUUGGAAUCAUUUGAACUGAAGACAGGGGAAGCAAGAAAUGUGUUUGCGCUUGGAGAGCACUUAGUCGUUUUUAGAACAUUAAACUCAUCAGUCUAUGUAUUGGAUGCUUAUUGUCCACAUCUAGGUGCCAAUAUUGGAGCUGGAAGAGUAAUUGGUGAUACGAUUGAAUGUCCAUUUCACAAGUGGCGCUUCCGCGGAACAGAUGGUGCAUGUGUUCAUGUUCCAUAUAGUAGUUGCGGUAAGACCAAGUCAAGUAAAAUACGAAAUUGGACAUCACGGGAAGUUAAUCACAAUAUAUAUAUUUGGUAUAGUGUAGAUGUGGAACAGAUACCAUGGGACAUACCAACAUUAAGUGAAAUUGAUAACAACGAAUUGGUUUAUCAUGGCAGAAACGAAUUCUUCGUAAACUGCCAUAUACAAGAAAUUCCCGAAAAUGGCGCAGACCUAGCACACUUUACAGCUGUUCACGACACUUGCUUUUUAAAUGGCUCUAAACGUUCGUAUAGAGGCAUAUUUCAAUACGUGGGAUUGCACAGAUGGCAGCCAAG